AUGGCGUUGUCAUCGCACUGUCUGACCUGAACAAGUACAAGGUUCACAAUGGCACCAUUGACGUCGGCCCAGGAAUGACUUGGUACGACGUCUACUCGGCGCUCGAGCCUUACGGUCGGAUGGCUAUUGGCGGUCGUCUCAAGACAAUCGGUGUCCCGGGACUCACCCUUAUCGGAGGAGUCCACUACUUUACCAACAAAUAUGGCUUCGCCAUGGACAAUGUUGUCAAGUAUGAAGUGGUGCUCGGAAACGGGACGCAAGUCGUGGCGUCUAGGACAUCUCACCCAGAUCUGUUCUGGGCACUGAAAGGAGGGGCCAACAACUAUGGAAUUGUGACCAAGUUUUCACUCAAAACUCAUGAAAUUCCUCGCAUUAGCACGACGAUCCAAGCUUUUUCUGAGUCGGGUAUAUACGACUACAUCCAAGCCGCCUGUGACCUGGCCAAAUUCGAUGAGCCGAAUCCUAUUGCUGCCGGGGGAGUUUUUACCAUCGGCUAUAAUGCAACGACGAACGUCACAUCCGCAUUGGUUAUGGGAGUUCAAGAAGGCAUCAGUAACCCCCCAUCGCAGUUUAAGAAUUUUACUGCCAUUGCCCGGGCCAUUGAAGACCCACAACGUGACCACUGGAAAGGAAUUUGCCGCGAACCUGGAAACCCCAAAUCAGAUGUUCCGGUAAGCCGAAAACCAAUAGCUGUUGGAAACCUGCUAACCAGCUACUAGGGUGAUGUUCUCCCACCAUACUAUGGAGACCCAUCAUGAAAAACUCUAUAAGAUGUAUCGAGCAUGGAGGUUGGCGCUGCGGGACAUCUCGGACGUCAAAGGACUUGUGCCGACUUUCGUGAU